UCUCCCUUUCCACUUCUUUUCUCCUCCAUAUCCGACUCUGUUUUUUCUCUCCAACUCUCAAAUUCCCAGAACUCCACCUCAAAAACAAUGGCUACAAACACCUUAAUGAGCUGCGGCAUCGCCACCUCCUUUCCUUCAGUCCUCUCUUCCUCUAAGUCCAAAUUUGCCGCUGCUGUCCAGCUCCCCGGUGUCGGUGCCAAUGCCUCAUCCCGAUUCACCAUGUCGGGCGCCGAUUGGAUGCCCGGACAGCCCCGCCCUCCUUACCUCGAUGGCUCAGCACCAGGUGACUUCGGUUUCGACCCACUUCGGCUCGGAGAAGUCCCCGAGAACCUAGAGAGAUACAAGGAAUCUGAACUUAUUCACUGCAGAUGGGCUAUGUUAGCUGUUCCUGGGAUCCUAGUACCAGAGGCUUUGGGAUUAGGGAACUGGGUGAAAGCUCAAGAGUGGGCAGCAGUUCCGGGUGGCCAAGCAACCUAUUUGGGAAACCCAGUUCCAUGGGGCACAUUGCCUACCAUUUUGGUCAUUGAAUUCGUUGCCAUUGCCUUUGUAGAGCACCAACGCAGCAUCGAAAAGGACCCAGAGAAGAGGAAAUACCCUGGUGGAGCUUUUGAUCCAUUGGGUUACUCCAAAGACCCUAAGAAGUUCGAGGAAUACAAAGUCAAAGAGAUCAAAAAUGGGAGGCUGGCAUUGUUGGCUUUCGUUGGGUUCGUGGUUCAACAAUCAGCAUACCCAGGGACUGGACCAUUGGAGAAUUUGGCUACUCACCUUGCUGACCCAUGGCACAACAACAUUGGGGAUAUCAUCAUUCCCAGAAACGUUUCGCCUUAUUAGAAAUUUUAUUUGAUUUUGGAAAUGUAAUUUUGAUUUAUACCCACUGUACAAUUCCAUGUAUCAAAAUUAAUCUGUAUGAAUCAUAAUUAAAUUUCCAUGUUUCUCUUUA